GUUGGGUGAGUGAGAGCGACAAAGUAUAAACCUUGAUGAAUGAUGAUAGAUAGCCAUAGCCCACACAUAGCGUUGAUUUGUCUUCUUCGCUUCCCAAUCCCAAUCCAGGGUAACUCCGAUUGAUACUUUGCUCAAUAGAAAGAUAGAAAACAGAAUAAGGUCUCCCCCAACACCAAGCAACAACAACAGCAACCAUCUUCCACGAAACUCACUCUCUUUCUUCUUCUCAAAAUCACUGGUCAUUACCAUUUGACCAUCAUCAUCAUCACAUCUUUGAAACUCUAUAAACCCCAUAUGAAUCACAUGCUUUCCACCUCGUAACAUAAUAUAUUAUUCAUUCUUCUCCCUUGUUUUUUCUUUCUUCAUUCCCCAUUACCAUGGUUUCCCUUUCCACCACCCCUUUUCUCCCCUUCACUGCAAAAAACGCUUCUACUAGAUUCCCACCUCCCAAUUCAUUCUCCCGCAACAAGCAACGUAGUAACAGGGAUCACAGGAAGGUUGUCUGCGCCUGCAUCGCACCUCCGCAGAACUUCAAGAGCCAGGACUCUUCCGCCAUUAAUUUCAAUGGUUCGUCCAAAUCAGAACAACUGAGCACGGCGUGGGAUCAUGAGGAUGAUUCUGAUGUUCUUAUUGAGUGUAGAGAUGUGUAUAAGUCUUUUGGGGAAAAGAAAAUCUUAAAUGGUGUCAGCUUCAAGAUUAGACAUGGUGAAGCUGUUGGAAUAAUUGGUCCUUCUGGGACCGGCAAAUCUACAGUUUUGAAGAUUAUUGCUGGACUUCUUGCUCCGGACAAAGGAGAAGUAUAUAUUCGAGGUAAAAAGAGAGUUGGUUUAGUAAGUGAUGAUGACAUAUCUGGUCUUCGGAUUGGAUUGGUUUUCCAAAGUGCAGCACUCUUUGAUUCUUUGACUGUUCGUGAAAAUGUUGGUUUUCUCUUGUAUGAACACUCAAGCAUGUCUGAGGACCAGAUAUCAGAGCUUGUCACGGAAACCUUGGCUGCAGUUGGAUUGAAGGGAGUUGAGGAUCGGUUGCCUUCUGAGUUAUCAGGUGGGAUGAAAAAGCGAGUUGCUUUAGCUCGAUCUAUUAUUUGUGACACCACAGAGGAAUCAAAAGAGCCAGAGGUGCUCUUGUAUGACGAACCAACUGCUGGACUUGAUCCCAUUGCAUCUACUGUUGUUGAAGAUCUGAUUCGCUCUGUGCACAUAAAAGGACGAGAUGCACGUGGAAAACCUGGGAAUAUUGCAUCUUAUGUGGUUGUUACUCACCAACAUAGUACCAUUAAAAGAGCCAUUGAUAGAUUGUUGUUUCUACACAAAGGAAAGAUUGUUUGGGAAGGAAUGACUCAUGAAUUUACAACUUCAACUAAUCCAAUUGUCCAGCAGUUUGCAUCCGGGAGCCUAGAUGGUCCUAUCAGAUAUUAGAACAAUACUGCAAUUGUAAACUAGAUAACAUAUGGAUUAUGGCUGGUCUUGGCUACUACCAUGGAGUGUGCAGAUAAGAAUGAGCAUAAAAUUGGUUGCAACAAGGAUUAACGGGCUUGUCAAGUUUUGGUAUUAAAUUCCAAUUUGACUUUUACAGAAUUGGCCGUCUUCAUUGGAUUAGAAGCCCCCGGCAAGGGCAGCUUUUUUUUUCUCCUUUUUAAGUUAGAGGACAGCUUAUUGUUACUGAUGACUAAAUUCAUUGCCAAUAGAAGGUGCAUAUUGCUUGCACACCAUAUGUUGGAAACUUGAAAUGCUAGAUUGUGUUUUGUAAACAAUUCAAUUAUAGUCAAUAAAUCUUCUUCAUGAUUUUGGAUUUUCU